AUGUCGACUUCCGCCGAUAUCCCCAACAAAACCCGCCUUUCGCAUCAACCGUCCACGAUUCGCGCUGUUCUGUCGCUGCCGCCGCAAUGGCUUCACAUGUACGACGAAUUCAUCACCAAGAACGCUAGCCAGGUCUCCCAAAUAGAAUCGGCUCUGAGGUCACUGACCUACAUCAUCCCUGGUAACCAACACUCGCACCCCUCCACAGCCCGUUGUCAUGGCCUGCGAGUUAACCAAGUCGUCACAGGUCGUUUUCGCGACGCCGAGAUUGCCUCUGAAACAGUCCAUUCGAGUGUGCAGCUUCUGUCUCUGUAUCAUGACACGCUGCUCAUGCGCGCCCUAUCACGCAUCCCCAUGGCGCGGCUGCCAUCCCCUCAUAGACGCUAUACCAAAUACUGGACCCAACGCAGUCCAGUGUACCGCCGCAUCGCCAUGCUGCUGCAGAUGGUCACUUACACACAACUCCUUUGCGAGAUGGCAGCCAAGAGGCGCGGAGGGGAGCGCGGCCGAUGGCGCGUAGUUGUGCUGUUAGAAGCCAUCAAAGCCAUCUGCCGCCUGCUGCUACUGCGCGUAACGCGCUCACGGCCUCUUGUCUCACCCGUACUUCCCGAGCGUGAGCCUGUCCCGGAAGAACCGGAAGCCGACGGUGAUGGCGCCCUCAAGGAAAUGCUGGACGAGUCUACUGCCAGUCAUGAACCAGGAGACGGCGAUGACGCCCCAAAGCCACACGAAAAGGAUUGGGUCAUGCCAAGAACCGGAAUGAGCCUGCCUUCAUUGCCCAACGCUGGUGAUAUUAGCGGGUACCUCCUGGGCAAGGUCCUGACUGCCGAAGAUAUCAAACCGGCGGCUAAGCUGCUGAACCAACUACAGGGCAGUGCCCAGGCAGCCGAGGUACUCCACAUUCUGGCGCCGCUCAUAUAUGCCCUGGCUCUCUCCAAAAGCAAGAACAAGAAGUCAUGGACACCGUGGCUAGUUGGCCUGAGCGUUGAAUAUGCCGCACGUCAACUCAGAGACCGCAGCUUCAGGACCACGCCGCUCGAACGUGACGAGUGGAACAAGCGGGGCUGGGCCAUGGGAUGGUGGACCAUGCGAGGAGCCUUCUAUGAAAACGUUAUGAAGGGUGUUGUCGGCGGCGUGCGCUCAAGAGUUCCUGGACUCAUUGGCGGUAUCCUGGAAGACUACGAGUACCUGUGGGAGAACUACUACUUCAGUACCAGCGCAUAA